AAACUCCCGGGAUUUGGGGCCGAAAUUCCCGGAAUUCCGCAGCAACUCCCAGAAUUCCCCGUCAAUUCCCAGGAUUCGGGCUCAAAUCCCGGGAUUUCUCCUCAAAUCCGGCGGAUUUCGGGCUCAAAUCCCAGAAUUUCGGGCUCGGAACUUCCGGGGUUUCGCUGGGAACCUCCAGAUUUGGGAGAAAUCCGGGAAUUCCGGGAAAAUCCCAGCACUUCCCAGCCGACCCCCGACGCCCCAUGUGAAGGAUGCUCAAGAAGACCACCCUUGCUCUGGCCGGGGCCGCGCUCUUCCUCGCCUGGAACUGCCUCCUCCUCCUCUUCCUCUGGAGCCGCCCCGCGUCCUUCCCGGCCCCUCCGGACAUUCCGGAAAAUUCCCGGCACCUCCCGGCGCAGCUGCUCCGCCUGGCCCAGGACGCCGAGUCCGAGCUCCGCCUCCAGCGCCAGCUCCUCCUCCAAAUCCAACUCUCCUCCCGCCUCCGCCGCCAAAAAACCCCGAAACCGCCCCAAAUCUCCACCCCUGCGCCGGAUCCGGAAUUCCCGGUGAUCCCGGUGCUGGUCCUGGCCUGCGACCGCAGCUCCGUCCGGCGCUGCCUGGAUAAAAUCCUCCUGUACCGCCCCAGCGCCCGGCGCUUCCCGGUCAUCGUCUCGCAGGACUGCGGCCACGCCGAGACGGCGGCGGUCAUCGCCUCCUACGGCCGCGCCGUGGCUCACAUCCGCCAGCCCGACCUCUCGGACGUGCCGGUGCCGCCGGAGCACCGCAAAUUCCAGGGUUAUUACCGGAUCUCCCGGCACUACCGCUGGGCGCUGGGCCAGGUGUUCCGCACCUUCCGCUACCGCGCCGCCAUCGUGGUGGAGGACGACCUGGAGGUGGCGCCGGAUUUCUUCGAGUAUUUCCAGGCGGUUCUGCCGCUCCUCCGGGGGGAUCCCACGCUCUGGUGCGCCUCGGCGUGGAACGACAACGGCCGCGAGGGUCUGGUGGACGCGGCGCGCGCCGAGCUCCUGUACCGCACCGAUUUCUUCCCCGGCUUGGGUUGGUUGUUGUUGGCGGAACUUUGGGAAGAGCUGGAGCCCAAAUGGCCGGCGGCGUUUUGGGACGAUUGGAUGAGGCAGCCGGAGCAGCGGCGCGGCCGCUCCUGCGUCCGGCCGGAAGUGUCCAGGACGAUGACCUUCGGCCGCAAGGGCGUCAGCCACGGGCAGUUCUUCGAUCAGUACCUAAAGUUCAUCAAACUCAACGACCGCUUCGUGCCUUUCACCCAAAUGGACCUUUCUUACCUCAAAAAGGACGAGUACGAACGUUUCUUCAUCCAGCAGGUUUAUUCCGCUCCCGAAAUCCAACUGGAGGAGCUCCAGAAAGGAACGGGGAGGGAUUCGGGGCCGGUCAGGCUCCAGUAUCGAGGCCGAGAUUCCUUCAAGGUUUUGGCCAAAGCUUUGGGUUUGAUGGACGACCUCAAAUCCGGCGUCCCCCGCGCCGGUUACCGCGGCAUCGUCAGCGUCGUGUGCCGGGGACGCCGCGUCUUCCUGGCGCCGCCCUCGGACUGGACGGGUUACGACCCCUCCUGGAGCUGAUUUUGGGGGGGUUUCGGGGGUGAAAUUGGGGGUUUUGCAGAAUAAAAAGUGGAAAACGGGGGUUUCGCCCCAGAAUUCCAGGUUUGCAUCGCUGCCGCUCCCGUCGGUUUCAUCCUUAAAUUUUGGUGUUUUAAAAGUCCCCUCUGAGCCUGAAUUUGGGGGUUUUGGGGUGGGUUUGGGACUCACAAGGUUAAAGUGGCUCAAACAUGGCAGGAAUUUUCCAGAAUAAAAAGUGAAAAAAGGGGGAUUCUCCCCCCGAAUUCCAGGUUUGCAUCACUGCUGCUCCCAUCAGUUUCAUCCUUAAAUUUUGGUGUUUUGAAAGUCUCCUUCGAGCCUGAAUUUGGGGGUUUUGGGGUGGAUUCGGGCUGGAUUUGGCACUCACCAGGUUAAAGCGGCUCAAACGGGGCAGGAAUUUUCCAGAAUAA